AUGCAAUUACAUGCAGAGUAUGUUGCAGUAGUGCAUUUAGCAGAUCAAAUCCACUUGUAAAUCCUUGUAAAUGUACUGGUUCUAUUAAAUAUAUUCAUCUUAACUGUUUAAAAAAAUGGUUAAAGUCUAAAUUCUAAACCAAAUAAAGUGAUCAUUGUAUCAUAUAUAUGUGGAAGAAUUUAGAAUGUGAAUUAUGUAAAUUUAAUUAUCCACCCAUUUUUAAAAGUGAUGAAGGUGUAUUUGAUUUAAUUGAAUUGAGUAAACCUACAGAAUAUCCAUAUAUUUUAAUGGAAAUUACUCAAAAAAGAUAUGAAGUAUUUAUAUUUUUGAUAAUCAUAUAGGAAAUGUAGGAAAAUAAUAUGAGUGAAGAUACUUAAUGGAAUUAAUGUAAUGGAGUUUAUAUCAUAUCUUUUGAUAAUAAUAGUGGUGAAAUGAAAAAUAUCAAAACUAAUGAGUUAAAAAUAGGAAGAGCUAAUGAAACUGAAAUUAGAGUAAAUGAUAUCUCAGUUAGUAGAAAUCAUGGAACACUUAAAUUAAUAGAUGGAUAAAUAUAUUUAACAGAUAAUAAAUCUAAAUUUGGAACAUUAAUUCUCAUUCAAUAAACUGUAAUUCCCUUAAUAACAGAGUUAAAUGGUAUAGAAAUGCAAGUAGGUCGAAGUGUAUUAUAAUUUACUCUUGGCAAUAAUAAUGGCAAUUAGUAAUCAUAAUAAUAAUAAUACUUAGAAUCUGAAAUUUUUGAGUAAUUUAAUUGUAAUAUUUUAGUAAAAUAAUUGGUAGAAACUUUGAAGAUGAAGAAUUGGAUUAUCUUCAAUGA